AUGGUUUCUACUAAUAUUUGUGCUACAAAUUACACAAAUUAUGUGUUUAGUACAACUUCAUCAAGGAUACCAACAUAUUAUGAUACAAAUCCUACAAGAGACUAUUCUGGUUGCUGUCUUAAUCAUCGGACGUCUGGUAGAAAAUAUCGUGAGUCUAUAAUUUACCGGCGUCCAGAAAACUUGAUAAUAAAACGUAAACGAAGACCUGUAUUCACAACGCAACAGAUAUUAGCAUUAGAGAAGAUCUUUAACAAGAAGCCAUACGUAAAUAAACAAGAAAGACAAAUGUUAAGAGAAAGGAUAAACCUUAACGAACGCGUUAUAAAAUUAUGGUUUAAAAACCGUCGUCGAUUAUCUGGUUUAAAAAAAGAAUCACCAGUAAUUUCUGAUUCUUCCGGAGAAGAAACAGAGAACAAUUUUAAUUUAGAUUACGUACAAUCCAGAAUAAAUGAACCUGACGAAUUUGGUUACGUCACUUUGGAUGAUAGAGCCAUGAAGGAAUUGAUAACUGUCGUUGAUUCGCUUUUAACAGAUGUAGAUGUUGAUGGCACUUGUAUGGAAUUAAAAAAUAAUACUACUUACAACAAUUUAAACUACGAACCAGUAUCACCAGUUAGCUUUCAUGGAAAUUCAGAUGAAAGUAUAUGUUUCCCGAAAUGGGAACUUUACGAACCUGAAGAGUCUUUAAGGCGUUUAUUCGAUGUUCAAGCAUUAAUAACUAAAUAA